UCAACAAUGCGUAACCAAUGUUUUGUUGUUUUUGCGUGCGUUUAACUCCAUGCCAAAAAAACAAUGCACAAUUCAGCUUGACGAACGUGUCGGAAGGUCAAAACCUAAACUCACGAUAAAUACCACGUCUCCAGCAGGUUCCGGUUCAGUCCACCAUGAAGUUGCUACUGCUCGUUAUCGCGCAAAUCUUCCGCGCAAUCGUGGCGGAGGACCGCCACCUGGUCGUGUACAAAAGUCCCGCCGAGAUCUACUCCGAGUGCCGUCAAUAUCUGGGCUACCACGGUCAGCGUCCCCUCUACUACCCGCCGGAACCGUGCGAGAACUACUGCGGUGCGGUGCUGAGUCGGUUGUGGGACUUUCCUCGAGGCACGCUGGAAAUGAUCCGGGGAACGCGGUACUUCAACUACUCCGUACCGGCUGAGGAGUAUCUGGGCCGGUGUGAGCAGUGCAUCCAGCGAGUCCGGGACACGGUUCCGCUGUGGGACCAGUGCCGCCGGGUCGAUGCGCAUUACGAGUGUUACGUGCAGAACGCGAGCGUGAACUUUGACCGGAUGUACUACUUCUUGAAGACGCCGCUGCAGCAUCGGCGGGUCGCGCGGGAUUGCGUGGACAUUCUGCAGGUUAAGGACUGUCAGUUGGGGGAGAUCGUCCGCGAGGGUCUGCUGGCCCGUCCGGAGGGUCGAUGCCUGGUGAGGUGUUUUUUGAUCCGGGAGAAGCUGUACAGUGAGGCCAUCGGGGUGGACUGGUUCCGGGCGGUGAUGGAGUCCAACCAGGCCAGGGAUCAUCGGGAGGUGCGCGAGAGGGCGAGGCACUGUGUUGCCAGGUUGCAGCGAGAGUUUUCCGACCGGUGCACGCUGGCAGCACGGAUCGGCGCCGAGUGCUUCGGGGAGGGCUUUUGGAAGGUUAUUGAGGGUAGUUUUAAGGGGGUGACGUCGUACUGAGUGUAAUAUUUAUUGAAUCGCUUAAUAAAGUCAUUAACAUUAA